UAAGAUCGCAAUCGCAAGAAGUUUUCCCUCCUAGCACGGAGGAAGCUAUAAUGCUCUGGAGGCUGGAAGAGGGUCGCUCUGAGGUCUCGAUGUUUGAGUUCUCUCAUAUUACAGAUGCCACAAACAACUUCUCAGAAGGAAAUAAACUUGGCGAGGGUGGUUUUGGUCGUGUCUACAAGGGACAACUAACAAAUGGACUUGAGAUAGCGGUCAAAAGACUAGCUCAACAUUCAGGGCAAGGACUAAAUGAGUUUAAGACUGAGAUUCAUCUUAUUGCGAAGCUUCAACACACCAACUUGGUGAGACUCUUGGGGUACUGCAUUGAAGGAGAAGAGAAGAUUCUGAUAUAUGAAUACAUGUCCAAUAAAAGCUUGGACUUCUUCAUAUUUGAUACGACAAGAAGAGCAUUAUUAAACUGGAACAGGAGGCGCCAUAUAAUUGAAGGGGUGGCUCAAGGAUUACUCUACCUCCACAAGCACUCACGUUUGAGGGUAAUACACAGGGACUUGAAAGCGAGCAACAUUCUAUUGGAUGAAAAUAUGAAUCCGAAAAUAUCAGAUUUUGGUCUUGCUCGAAUUUUUGGAUCGAAUGAAAGCCAUGCUAAUACAAGCAGAGUUGUGGGAACACAUGGUUAUAUGGCUCCUGAGUAUGCCUCAGAGGGACAAUUCUCAAUCAAGUCGGAUGUAUUCAGCUUUGGAGUGUUGCUAUUGGAGAUCAUCUCUGGUAAAAGAAACAACGGAUUCCACCAAACUGGGAACAUUGGCAAUCUUCUUGGAUAUGCUUGGCUAUUAUGGAAAAGGGAAAAAUGGUGUGAGCUCAUUGACCCUUGCUUAGACGUUAAGCAUCCAAAUAUGGAGAUCAUGAGAUUCAUUAAUGUCGGGUUAAUGUGCGUACAAGACGACGCUAUCGACCGCCCUACAAUCUCGGAUGCUAUCUCGCUGCUCAUGAAUGAGAGCACAAGCUUGCCUGACCCAAAGAAGCCUGCUUACUUUAGGAACAAAGGAGAAGAUCCAGAGUUGGGGGAACAAUACAGUGUAAACCUCCUUACUGGUUCACCACCGGAUGGUAGAUAG